AUGGAUAUUUGCUGUAAAUUUUCUACAGCAUUUGUUUUUGGUUUUCUUGGGGUUGCUCAAGCGUUUGGAGUACUGACACUUCUAAAAACAGGUUUCUUUAUCAAUGGAUCCUGGACAGAGAAAGAAAAAAUCCUCGCACAACGGCUGAAAAGAACACUUUUGCUAUAUCGGCGCUUGCAAAGAAGAGAGGCAACAACUAAGCGACUUCUUCCAAAUACAAAUUCAGUCAAUCCUGUUGAACCAACAUGUGUUACUCAGGAUAAUCCUGAUGUUGGAUGCUCUUCUUCUAUUUCAAAAACUGUAGUCACUGCGUGCGACGUUUUUACGGCACCAAAUGUGCUUCAAAAGGGAAAAAUUGUAGCCUAUGCUUUCCGAGUUUUUGAAAAAGGUUCAAUAUCGGGCGGCUCAAAUCAGUCACAUGCUCCAAGCUUUGAAAGGCUUUCAACAGCCGGAACUUGUGCAGAAUUUAAGCAUUUCCAAACGUACAUCAGAACAUAUAACAAUCUGCUCGCUUUUACCUCACUUGGUGUUAGCUAUGAUAAAGAUCUGACCAAAAGAAAUCGCAGUGUAUAUACAUUCAGAGUUCAAGGGCAAAUGCAUCACUUUAUAGAUGAUUUAUAUCCUGCAGAGAGAGGGCCGAGAAACUUGCAGUUGUAUUUUUAUGAUAACAACAAUGAGGUUGCGAAUAGAAUGGCUUGCUCCGAUAAAAUAGAUGAAUCAAUAGUGAGGGAAUUGAUGGAUAUACUAAGAGUUAAUCCAUAUUUGAUAUUUUUAUGAACUUUAUCUGAGAUUCCAAACUUACAGAACCAUCACAUCGCAUUGAAAUGUGACUCUGGAUUGGAUCAACGAGUAUUUAAUCUGCCAAGUACUACUGAGGUCGCAGCGAUAUGGGUUGACGAAAAUGAUGGUGGUGCUAUUCAUGUACCGCAUGUUCAAGUUUAUACCCACAGUAACAGAACACAAAGAGUGAACUAUUAUUUCGGAUGCUAUGAUCCUUUACAAUAUCCUCUAUUGUAUCCAUAUGGACAAAGUGGAUGGCACUGUGGUAUUAAGAAGUUCCACAGUACCGAAAAUAUUCGCAGAAAACAUGUUUUGUAUGAGUCUGAACAGUUACCGAAUAUCAAAAAUUUCACUUCUGUUGAUGGAUACCUGGAUAUGGAAGAUCAAGUUCUACAAAAAGGAAAACGAAAGAGAGAUGCAGUUUCAGUUCGAGAAUACUAUUGUUAUAAAUUUUAGAUGAGAAGCGAUGAUGAAGAUGAACUUCUACAUAGUGGAAGAUUAUUUCAACAGUAUUCGGUUGAUGUAUACAUAAAACUAGAGACUCAAAUACUAGAUUUUGUAUUCUUCAAUCAAGAUUUGUUUAGAAUGGAUGUAUUGCAAGGACUCAUUGACAUUUUGAGACUUGGUGAAAGAGAUGCUUCUAAUGUUGGGUAACAGACGUUUUUGACA